GAUCAAGUCACGAUAGGGCUUCGAGUGUGUCCGGCGACGAGAUGGGGGCGGGAUGCAAUGAUCCCAUUGCAAUAUGCCAAGUCAGCAUCUACGGGUGUCCUUCCUCUUUCUUGAGCAGUCGUUUGCGAUUAUACAGAUCCGUAUUCAGAACCCACUGAUCUACCUCAGCCGACAUCAAGGCCGGCAGCUUCCGGGCGCGCGGAUCGGUCGUCUGGUCCGACGGGCCGUGAUUAUGCACCUUGUGCUCCGCGUUGGGGUAGUGCAGCACCCACAGAUCGCUGCCCUUGGCCGUCUCAAUCACCUCGAACCUGAACAGGCAGCCGCACUUCUUGCUGGUCCGGUCCGUCGUCGGCUUGCGCCGCCCCUCCGCCUUGGCCCGGAGCAGCACCGCCUCGUCCACCGGCGCUCGGUGGUGCCGCGCUUCCCCGCCCCGGAAGCACGCCCACCGCACCUUGCGCUUGCCCGUCACCUUUGCCCCCGCGAUGCGCAUGCUGUAGCCCCGGGGCAGCGUCCACCGGUCCAGCUCCUCUUGCAUGGUUGCGCGCGACGAGAUGGUGUAGCCCUCCGGCGGCGGCUCCAGCGGUGUGGAGGUUACGGGGCCCGGGACGGUGCGGUGGUCGCCAGCGGGGUGGGGGACUCGCUGCUGCAGAGCAUGCGCCUGAUGCGGCGGGGUUGGUGCGACAGGCCCCGCCUGGGUCGGGCCUGGGACGGCGGUGGCGGUUCCGGUGGCGGUCGUGGAGGAGGAAGAGGAAGAGGAAGAGGAAGAGGAGGACAAGCCAGCGGUAGGAGCGCUCGGGCUCAAGUUGGAGAUCUUUAGAGCGGCUUCAAUGCGGCACAGGCGGCGGUCGAUAGACGCCAGGGCGUUGAGGAUGGUUGCCAAGUGGUUGGAGGGCAGACCAAGGUCCGCCAUUGUAGGUGCAAGUUGCGUUGCCUUAUGCUAAUCGUCCGUCGACGAGGGCAUGUAGUACCGUCGGCCCGCCCUCGGGUUCCCACGACGAGUGUGCUGAACUUCAGCUCUCUAAGGGCCGAAGUUGCGACGGAAGACGGCUUGUGUAAAAGGUGUGUCCGCACUCUCACUCCAGUGGCAAGCACAAACCCGGCUCGGGAAGUGC